UCCCUCCAUGCAACCACACAAGGUUUUCUCGUGCUGCCUAUGCCCUAAUAAUAAAAGAAGGCCACAGUCAUAAACUGGUCAACAUAGCCCUCUUCACGUUUAAAUUGAUCUAACUCAAACGGUUGGCUUUCCGUAUUUGGUUACAUAUUUUUCCCGGAUAUUUACCUACAAUUUUUUCGAUCCAGUUGGAAUACUCAUAAAAUAGUUACCUGUAACAUAGACAACUAGUCACCGGGCCUAUCGAAGGGAGUUUUAGUGGAAAUUUAAGCUAAAUAUCGGUCUGUAAGCACCUGGACUUAUUUAAGGAUCAGUCUCUCUAGGAUAUUCUACUACCAAUAAAACAAGACCCAAAGUUACCGUGCAAUCUCAAUAUUUGAAAAAGAAAAUGGGUGAAAAUUUUGAUCUGCAAGCCAGAAAUAAAAAUAUUAAUGAUACAGGGUUGGAGAACAAGCGCACAUGUGAUGCACUUGAUAGUACUUCACCAACAGCAAAGAAGUCAAAAACUGAUGAAGUGCAAAUUGUGAAAAAUGAAUUGAGUGGAAAAUAUGUUGAUUUGUUGAAUGACAGGACCAAGGAUACUGGGGAAGAUGCAGAAAACAAAAAUUAUCAGAGCAACAAUAACUUAACAGAGAAUGAUAACUUAGUGGCAAAUGAGCACAUUUCAAAUAAGAAAAGUGACAUUACAGAGGUAGCUAGGGAAAUCACUCUCGUCGAAGCAGAUGCAGCAGAAGAUAAAGGUUCCCGACAUACCAUGGAGGAUGCUUGGGUUGUUCUGUCAGAUGCAAGCUUAGGGAUCCCAGGGAAACUGAGGUGUGCUCAUUUUGCCAUCUAUGAUGGACAUGGAGGGCGUCAAGCUGCAGAUUAUGCUCGAGCACAUUUACAUUCAAAUGUUCUUUCUGCCGGGCUACCUCGUGAGUUGAUGGACAUAAAAGUGGCAAAGAAGGCUAUUAUUGAUGGUUUCCGAAAAACUGAUGAGGCUUUACUCAAGGAAAGUGCUGCAGGAGGAUGGCAAGAUGGAGCAACGGCUGUGUCUGUGUGGGUUCUUGGGCAAAUGGUUUUUAUUGCUAACAUUGGAGAUGCAAAAGCUGUACUUGCUAGGUCAACUAUUCAUAAUGAAGAUGAAAAAAAUCUAAAAGAAUUAAGUAGUCCUUUGAAAGCUAUUGUAGUAACAAGGGAACAUAAAGCAAUCUAUCCUCAAGAGCGUGCAAGGAUUCAGAAGGCUGGUGGAUAUGUUGGACCAAAUGGUCGUCUCCAAGGUCGCCUUGAAGUAUCUCGUGCCUUUGGGGAUCGCCAAUUCAAAAAGAUUGGAGUUUCUGCAAUCCCAGAUGUUCACACUUUUGAGCUCACAGAAAGAGAAAAUUUCAUGAUUCUCGGGUGUGAUGGUUUAUGGGGGGUAUUUGGUCCAACUGAUGCAGUUGAGUUUGUUGCGAGACAACUAAAGGAAGGGUCAUCUACAAAUGUUGCUUGUCGUCGUCUUAUACGUGAAGCUAUUCGUGAACGUCGUUGUAAGGACAAUUGUACAGCCAUUCUUAUUGUCUUCAAGCAUCAAGAAUCAUUUUAAGUGGAAUCUUGAAAGUGGUCCUUUUAUACUUUCUUUGUCUUUCAUAGUUGUAUGAUAGGUGAAUUGUUUUACAAAAAUGUAUUAUGCUAAAAAUCACAUACAUAGGUAAUUUGAAUAAAUGUAAGGGUAGUAGUAAGUAUAAGAACUCCCAAGUUAAACAUGUAACUCAUCAAUGGAUAUUGAACAGCAAGUUAAGUAUUUAAUGUGCAUUUGCCAUUUGUUAGACAAUGUGUUUCUCUACCAACAUGUCAAAUUAGUACAUCAAAAAACUCUUAAAAAUAAAGUUCUCAACUUUUAAUCUGA